AUAUAUCCAUGUAUACACACAUAUGUAACCAAAAAGUUUUGGCAAUAUUAUGCAGACAUGUAUCUCAUCAAAGAAAUCUUAUUCUUGUUUCCUGAACUCAUCAUCCGCUUCAAAAAAUCAAUUCUGUUCAUCGUAGGGCUCAUAUGGAGCUUCAAGUUCGUGGAGAAGACAUUUUUCAACAUAUUAAUCACGCGCCAGCUCGCCGCGGGGAUGGUGUACGACCUCCGGAGUUCUGUGGUAGCCGUGAAUUCGCUAGAACUAAUAUCCGUUGUUGUCGUAGUGAUCUCCACCUACGCAACCAAGGUUUGCAAGGGCCGCUUCUUGAUGGUGCUUUUCUCCGCAACAGUAUUCAUCGUCGCAUCCAUACUCAACUUUCCGGUGGCUGGAGAGCUCAAUUUGUGGUUAUUCUACCCUGCAAUGGUUUUGGCACACGCGGCGCUCGUGGUCACGUUGAAAGUAUUUCUUGACGACCAGUUUAGGCCGAAGUAUCACGACGAAAAUGAGAGACAAGAGCACACCAAAUUCUGGUGGGCAAUGGUUUCCGCUUUGGCUGCCAUCUUCAAUCAGUUGUCGCCUCUAUCGGGAUUUCACUUGAAGAAACUCGCUCUUAUCAUUGCGAUGGGGUGUUUCUUCCUAUUGUUCUUAUUGGGUUUCGAGUACUACUUGGAUGAUGGGGAGAGUAGCCAGAGCGUCACUUUGAUAGAGAAAUCAAAGAGGCCAGUGAAUAUUUUGUCCUUGUGUUUUUGUUUAUCCAUUUUGAACCUAGUUUCCGCCGUAGGCAGCACCUUCUUCUUCUUAGAAGCCAUCACACUCACCGUCCGCGACUAUGUAUCUGUCAUUAUCCUACUCGACAACGUGGCGAGGCUCACAGAGUUCGUGGUCUCUGAGUCGUCCAGCUACCUCCUCAAGAAGCUCAGAGAGGAAAAGCGAUUCAACUUCAACCUACAAAAGAUGGAGCUGCUGAGAAUCGGGCUUGGGAUGUGGUGCUGCGUGCUGUGCUGCAACUUCGCUGUGGGAGUUUCAACACACAGGAAGUACGGCCCAGGUGGUGUAGAUAUGAGCGUGUACUGGCUAAUUCCGCAGUUUUUUUUACUAGGACUGACGCGGGGACUCACUAAAGAAGGGUUUCAGUCGUUGUACGGAUAUCAGGCUGAAUCUCGGUUCAAGGGGUGGGCUUUGGGAGAAUUUGCGAGGGGAGCUGGUUUGUUCUUGAGCAUGAUUUGUGUUUAUAUCUUCAACGGCACGUACUUCAGUUGGUUCGAGAAGAAUAUAGGCAGCAGUAGCCUCGACAAGUAUUAUAGUUUUCUAGCUGUUUUGAGCAUCGGAAACGCUAUGUUUUACUGCUGGGUUGCGGCUUGGUACCUAGCCUGGCCCUUCCUAGUGAAAGCUGGGGAGAAAAAACAGACUAAAGAUAGAGAAAAAUGGCAUAAUGUAAUGCACACUACAGAAGCCAGGCCGUUGCAAGUGAAUGAUCGAGAUAAACGGCCUAGAGGAGUAAUGGCUAACGGAAUACACACGCGAGAAGGAAGCUCAUGGACAUACAACAGUGGUGACAAGAAGCCGAAAGGUUAUAAAGCUAUGUAAGCAGACAUAAUUUGAUUACAUGAAAAUUCAAAUUAUCGCUGCUUUUCUUUGUUUGUUUGUUUGUUUCUGUUUUGUCAAUAUGGCUUUCGUAACAAAAAUGUUGUUGUUGAUAAAUCCUUUGUUUAUAGUAAUAAAGCAAUGUUCAUUUCAUAGUUA